GCUUAAGUGUGGAGGCAUGAGUUUAACAAGGAAGCUCGCACAGAAUACGUUACAUACAGUUGCAGUACGGUUGAUGAACUACCAGUCAGCGUUAAAAUCACAGGUUACCCCGACAUUACCUUACAGGAAUAAAGUGAACAAGGACGGAGCAUGUUUUGCAAUGUCAGCCUCUUAAAUCGGCCACACGAGAAACAGCAAGUACAUGAAACGUUUGGUAUUCGCAUCUUUAUAUAAUUAUGCUGCCAUCCAUUUAUCACGGGAUAAGGAGAGCUGCUGUCCACACACGUAGGACAAGCACUCCACCUUGCAGAUUGCUGUCCACUUGCGAUGGACCCCCAGUUGGACUGGCUCAUGCUGAGACCAUCUUUGCAUUAUCAUCAGGUCAUGGCAGGUGUGGGGUGGCUGUGGUACGAGCCAGUGGUCCAGCCUCAGCCACAGCUCUGAGGUGUAUGGCCGGGCUCACACGCAGCCUGCCUCCUCCGCGCACCGCCCUGUUACGCAGCAUCUCGGACCCCAAAUCCAAAGAAGUGCUGGACCGCGGACUUGUCCUCUGGUUCCCAGCUCCUCACAGUUUCACAGGAGAGGACUGUGUGGAGUUCCAUAUCCACGGUGGUCCUGCUGUCAUUACUGCUGUCUUACAGGCUCUAGGAAGCGUGCCUGGCAUGAGGCCUGCUGAAGCUGGAGAGUUCACGCGGAGAGCCUUUCAAGCAGGAAAACUGGGUUUAACAGAGGUGGAAGGGCUCGGGGAUCUGAUCCAUGCUGAGACCGAGGCUCAGAGGAGGCAGGCUCUCAGGCAGAUGUCAGGAGAGCUGGGAAGCCUUUAUCAAGACUGGAGCCACAAACUGAAACGGUGUCUGGCUCAUGUUGAGGCCUUCAUAGACUUCAGUGAGGAUGAGCUCAUUGAGGAUGGGGUCUUAAAUCAAGUGGACAGAUCGGUAUGUGAUCUGCAAGCAGAGAUGGAGCGACACCUAAAGGACGAGAGGAGGGGCGAGCGGCUACGCAGUGGAGUCCAGGUGGUCAUCGCAGGGGCCACCAAUGCAGGGAAAAGCAGCCUCCUUAACACACUUUGCCAGAGACCUGCAGCAAUUGUGUCUCCCAUUGCUGGCACCACCAGGGACGUAGUAGAGACGGCACUGGACAUUGGUGGAUUUCCUGUCCUCUUGAGUGACACAGCCGGGCUCAGAGACAGCCCAGACCUGGUGGAGAGAGAGGGGGUCCGCCGAGCUCGGGAAAGAGUGGACCAGGCAGACCUGACCCUUGUGGUUGUGGACUGUGCUCGUCUCCCAUCUGACGCAAUGCAGGCGACAUCCUUCCUUCAGGGACACCUCAGGAGUGUCCUGCUCAACCAGGAGCAGCCUGACACAGUAUUUCCUGCGGACAGGUUUCUCCUGGUGCUGAAUAAAACUGACCUGUUGCCUCAGGAGCAGAGGCAGAAGCUGGUCGGGGAGCUGAGACAGGCUUCUGGACUCCCUCCUCUUUGUCUGAUCUCUUGCCACACUACUGAAGGACUGCAGAACUUCCUCACAGUUUUGCACAGCAGUGUCAAGACUCUGUGUGGCGACCCUCUGUCUGGUGCCCCCACCCUGACCCAGGCCCGCCACAGGGCCCACCUGCAGCAGUGUUUUGCAGCCCUGGCUCAGUACCAGCGGUACCGCAACAUCGACCUUGCUCUGGCAGCCGAGGGUGUCCGGUUGGCUCUCACCAGCCUGGGCCGGAUCACUGGACGGGUCGGGGCAGAGGAGAUCCUGGAUAUCAUCUUCAAAGACUUCUGCAUUGGAAAAUAGUCAGAUGAGUAGCAGCGAAAACAUAAAAUACAUAUAGUACUAGCCUGCUCAGAGAGCAAGGCUGCCUUUUUGUUUGGUCCCAGAGUAUCAGUAAAGAAAACUUCUGCAUUGCGCCCGGCUUUGUGGCACAGCAAGACUAAAACGAAAAAAAAUCAUGUUCUUGGCUGCUGGAUCACUCUGAUCCCAAGACACAGAAAUGUUUGUUUUCUGUAAAUGCUUUUUAACAGGCUGAGAUACUUUUAGUGAUGACAGGUGCCUCAGAGGCCCCAUAUGCUGGCAAGUGUUUGGCAAGUCUUGAGUCGUAAUUUAAAAAUAGUUUUUGGAAGCCUUUGAUAGGAGAAUAUUGGGCUCUUGGGUCGCAACAUAAUAGCCAAGAUCAUUUAAAAUAAAGCCAGCCUCAGAGCUCUGCAAGGUCAUGGGUAAGGUCAAGUUUGGAUGUUUACUUGUACCACAAGACAAUGAAGAUUUUUUAUUUUUAUUGGCGGAGGGGAGCAGGUAUCAUUUCUGCUGUGUGUGUAUGUGUGUGUCCUUGUAUGGUUUUUAUGAGAAAUUCUAUUACUUGUAUUAUACGUGUACAUGUAUUAUUUGUUGUAUUAUAUAGUAUAUUCCACUAUGGAUGCAUGCUUGUGUGAAGUAGAUACAAGCUGUCACAUUUAUUUCCAUUGAAAAAAUUUACCUGUGAUGUGUGGGAAUUGUCCACAUGACUAUUUAAAAUGAACAUAGUUCAUACAAAAUAAAUUUUACAUGGAAUCUUUGAUGUGGAAUAAAUGG